GUUCUGUACACCUGCUUAAUUUCCAUCAAGACGAUCUUUUUCAAGGUAUAGUAUCUGGUUGAGUCGGAUGGUGUUCGCGCUUGAACAGACGAUGCCUAGCUUGGCGGCCAGCCGAUCAACGAAUUAUCAUCCUGCGUUCCUUUUCAAGCAGCACGUUGCAUGCAGACAGCUAGCCUAUGGUAUCAGCAGGAGGCAGCAGUGUUGGACCAACUCAACGUCUGCUAGACGCUCGCUGGUGGUCCGUGCUGGAGAAUGGAACCCACCCACUGUGGCAGAAACAAAGAGGAAUUUCUACGAAGCCUUCAGCCGCCCUAUUCCCGGCAUCUACAGCAAUGUCAUCCAGGAACUGCUAGUCCAGCACCACAUCAUGCGGUACAACAAGAGCUACAGCUACGACGAGGUGUUCGGUCUCGGCUUUGUCAGCGUUUUUGACCAGGUUUUGGAAGGCCUCCCAGAGGGCGACAAAGGUGCACUCUUCUCGGCGUACAUCGGCUCACUCGGCGAGAAUGGAGACCAGUACAGACAGGACGCAGAGAAGGUUGAGGCACUGGCAAAGGAGUUGUCGGGGCCGGCAGAGCUCAAGCCGGAUGCAGAAGGCAGCGAGCUGCAGAAGAAGCUGGCCAGCAUUGCAGAGCGCUCCAGCCAGGGCAACUUCCUGUACACCAAGUUCUUCGCCAUCGGCCUCUUCCGCCUGCUGGAGCUCACCGGCGCCAAGGACCCCAAGGCCCUGGAGGGCCUGGUCUCAGCCAUGAAGAUACCCCAGGAGUCUGUCAGCCGCGACCUCAUGACCUACAAGGGAGUGCUGUCGAAGCUGAGCGCGGCCAAGGACCUCAUGAACGAGAUGUAUGCGCGCGAGAAGAAGAAGGCGGCAGAGCGCGAGGCGGAGAAGAAGGCCAAGGCCGACAAGGAGGUGCAGACUGUGGAUGCUGUGACCUCUUGAGCUUGGAGCCCUCUUUAUCCAGGCUGUCUGGGGACCUGUUUUGCUUGACCGGGCUGGGACUCUGGGACUUCUGAGGCAUCACAAGUCCUGUGGUACAUUCCGCCAAGGAGAUCUUCCUUGGCCGGAGCAUCGCCGGAGCAUCAACGAGGAAGGAUUGUUCCAUGGGGUGCCGAUGUGUCAGACUGGGGACCAAGAGGAUGCGUUAAAAGUGAGGGUUAUUUGGGCAUAAACAAGGCCUUGCUGCUGAGGCUGGGAAACUAAACCUGCAAGCCCUGGCAAAAUUACUCUUGUUGACAGCAAAUUUUCAGGCGCGCUGUUCGUGCCAAGACAGCAACAGUUGCGGUUAUCUCUGACUCAGAGGUGAUCGGAUGUGAUUGUGAUUUGCAGAAUCUGAAAUAUCGUCCGUCUCGUUCGUAUCCACUAAUAAUGCCAUUGUAGGCAGAAAUGCAGGCACGUUGUGAAGGACAAAAAAUAUGCACAAUGUGCGCUGUGCAACCGCUGUGAGAGAGCUGCUAUUUUGACUGUAACGAAAACAUACUUA